AUGGAGCUGCGUGAGCCGAUUAACAACAUUCGAGAGCCCAAGCAUAUUCAUGCUUCAUUUCUGAAGCGAUCAACCCAAGCCCAUCCACCUGCAUACAGAGCGAAACCAAAUUUCGGGCGCCUCGACGCUUCGGAAUGGCCUGAGCUACCCAAAAUACGGGGCAUCGAGCAAUCCACUGCCGUUCGAUCAGGAGUCACAAUAGCUGACAUGGAACGGUUGGCCCGGGAAACAUGGCGGGAUGAAGUCGCUCUGAUGAAUAAACUGUAUCGUCGAGGGAUACACCUUCCUAAUCCGACGCAGAUUUGGGUUGCCAGACUGCGGGAAGACUAUCGCAGCGGGACACUGCUUUCAUCUCCUCAUGAGGUUGAAGAGGGCCAACAGAUUGAAAGAGUUCUGCGUCGAAACGACGAUGUCACCAAUUUGUAA